AUGCUGAUUGGUUUUGCCAGGCCCGACUUCAUGGUAUGCGGCGUGGGCACCGAGAUUUACAUCCCAUGCGCGCAGCCCGACGGGGACCAGACUCCGUGGUACGACUUGCCGCGGCUGCCCGAGCCAGAGCCAGACUGGGCGGCGAAGAUGUCCAAGGAGUUCGGCGACAGGGACAAGCUGAGGGACGAGGUGCAGUCCAGAUUCCCGUCCUUGGAGGUUCAUGGCUCGGUGGAGCACGACCCCUACCGCAUUCCAUGCAUCGCCAAGGUCACGCCGGAGAAUCCCAACAUUUUGGAGGAGCUGCAGGCGUGGGGCGACGCCCACCCGGCGCUGCGGGUGAUCAUCUCCGGCGUGGGGGAGGUGCGCUUCGUCGACGUGUGCUCCGUCCACGCCGACAAGGGCCUCGCGGUCGAGCACCUGUUCGCGAGGGGUGCGUUCAAGGGCAUCUCAGACAAGUCUCGGAUUCUCAUGGCUGGCGAUUCGGGGAACGACCUGCGCAUGUUCAUGGUCUCAGGCGUGCGCUCUGUCAUCGUCGGCAACAGCCAGCCACAGCUCGUGGAGGAGAGGUGGUCAGCCAGGCCACGGAGCCCUCGGCGCGCCAGGCGGUCGCGGGCGGGCACAGGCCGUUGA